AUGGGGGCCACCGCAUUCUUCUUCCUGCCCGUCGCCACGCAAGUCCUCGCCGACGGCGGCGCCGAGCACAUCGAUGCGGUGCUGAGGGCGCCGUGUGUGGUGGCCGCCAUCGUCAUCUCGGUCCUCGCCAAGAUUGGCUACGAGGUCGGGCUCGACGUCCUGACGUUCAAGUGCCUGUUUCGCGGCCUGCGGCGGCCGGCUCUGCCCGAGGACCGCGAGCGCCUAGUCCACGCCGUCAUCAUCUGCGCGUACAAGGAGCCAUACGAGGUGCUCGCCGCCACCAUCGGCUCGCUCGCGGCGAACAACCUCGCCAAGAGCUGCGUCGUGAUCCUCGCGACCGAGGCGCGCGACGAGAGCGCCGAUCCAACCUUUGCGCGGCUGGACGCCGAGUUCGGCGGCGACUUCCUCGAGUUCUUCCAGACGCGGCACAGCCUCGGGCCCGGCGAGGUGGCCGGCAAGUCGUCCAACGAGCGGCACGCGUGCAUGGAGCUCUACUCGUGGGCGCAGGCGAGGUCUAUCGACCCGUACACUGUGAUGGUCACGACGGCGGACGCCGACUCGCAGUUCGACUCGGUCUUCCUCGAGCACCUCGAGGCCGAGUUUUGCCGCCAGCCCGACGGGAGGCACACCCUCUUCGACUCGCCGAUCAACACGUACCGCAACCUCGCCGCGUGCCACCCUCUCGUCGCCGUCUUUGAGAUCGAGCGCACGCAGUACUGCACCUUUUCCGCGCUGCAGUUCCAGCCCGCGCAGUCCAACUACUCGCUCACGCUAGGCUUCGCCCACCUCAUCGACUACUGGCACCCCGACAACACCAGUGAGGACCUGCACACCACGCUCAAGGCGGUCGCCUUCACCAACGCCGCCGCCAACGUGGUGGUUCCGGUCUGGUCGAUCAUAAUCAAUGACUCCGUCACUGGGUUGCGCGACCGCUGGGUGCAGGCAAAGCGGCACAUGUGGGGCGUCGAGGAGACCGCGUGGGUGGUCUCGCUCUUCCCGCUGCUCCGCUGGAAGAUCUGGCUGCGCAUGCUGCAGCUGACGGCCGGCCAGAUGCUCACCACGACGGUGGUGCCUCCGUGGCUGAUCAUACUCUUUCCUCAGAUGUGGGCGGUGCUCGCUGCGCUGCCGCCGCGCGCCCUCGCCCUUGCGGUGGGGCUGCCGCUGCUGACGCUGGGCUUCCAGUGGGUCCGCACGCUCGUGCGGGAAGCUGUGCUGCACCAGUGCAUCCUCAAGCCGCGGCGCGAGGCAUCCAAGAUGCUCCCGAUCUCGCCGCUGCAGUGGCUGCACUGGGGCCUCGCCUACCCCCUCUAUGCAUUUGGCGCGGGCCUCGUCUACAACACGAUGGCAACUUGGGCAAUGCUGCUCCAUGCGGUUCGCCACACCACCUACGGCUACGUUUGCGCCCCCAAGGCGCUGCUUCAGGGCGCGGACGCGGUCUGA